AUGUCCGGCGGCGAAACGUCCGGCGGCGAAUCGGUCGGCGGCGAAACGUCCGGCGGCGAAUCGGUGGCGGCGAAAUGUCCGGCGGCGAAACGGUGGCGGCGAAAUGUCCGGGUCCGCCAUAGACAUAUUACCAGCUUUUUGAUUGAUUAUAAAAACUUGGCGUUUAAUACUACUGCUCCAAAAAUAGCUCUAGAUGAUUUAAAGAGUUUUUUGACAUUAGGUGGUUUUGGAUGA